AGAGACAUCAAAGAAAGAGAGGAACAAGAGAAAAAGAUACGAGAGGAGCUGAAGAGAGAACGAGAGGAAUGGGAGAAACAGAAACAACAGGAAAGACAAAGAAGAGAAGAAGAGGAGGAGAAAUGGAGAAAUAAAGAGCAGGCAACAUGGGAUGAAUGUAAUCAGAAAAUUAAAUUGGUAGAAGAGAGAAUGCAAAGAGAAAAAGAUGUUUUUCUGUCCAAAUACAAAGAAGAGAAAGAGAGAAUGAAGAUGAUGAUGGAUGAAGAAAGACGAAAUCAUGAAGAAGAAAGAAAUAGAAGAGAAGAAGUGGAUGAGAGAAGAAGAAAGAUAGAAAAGGAAACAUGGGAUGAAUAUUAUCAGAAACUGAAACGAGAGAGAGAAAGAAGAUACAGAGAGAAAAAAGAUCUUCAGAUCAAAUAUGAAGAAGAGAGAAAAAGAAUGAAGAAAAUGAUGGAGAAAGAAAGACAAAAUCAUGACAAAGAGACAAAGAGAAGAGAACAGGAAUAUAUAAAUGCUGAAGAUCAAUAUAAAAUAGAUAUUAAAUAUAUCGAGGCACAAGAGAGAAAGAUACGAGAGGAUCUGAAGAGAGAACGAAAGGAAUGGGAGAAACAGAAACAACAGGAAAGACAAAGAAGAGAAGAAGAGGAGACUGAAAUGCAUACAUUUAAUGAACUUAAUAUGGAAACUCCUGAGGUUCAACACAUAAACAAUGAUGAAGAUUCAUCAUGUUUGAGAAUCUUGCUGUUUGGGAGGACAGGAAGUGGAAAGUCUGCAACAGGAAACACUAUCCUCAGAAAGGAUGAGUUUCACAGUGAAGCCAGUUCCCGUUUGGUGACCACUGUUUGUCAGAAGGGAGUUGGUGAAGUUGAUGGUCAGUCAGUAUCUGUUAUUGAUACUCCAGGACUCUUUGACACAACACUGACAAAAGAACAAGUGCAGGAAGAAAUAAUGAAGUGUUUUUCACUGUCAGCACCUGGACCACAUGCCUUCAUCAUUGUGCUGAGUGUGGGAAAAAUCACUGCAGAGGAGGGAGACACUUUAGACAUGAUCAAGAUGAUCUUUGGCUCAAAAGCAGCAGAUUUCUGCAUUGUUCUCCUCACAAGAGGAGAUAAUCUGAAAGGACAAACAAUAGAGCAAUAUGCAGACAAAUGUAAAAAUGCUGAACUCAAGACACUGAUGAGAGAUUGUGGAAACAGAUUCCUGGCUUUUAACAACAAAGAAGCACAAGAUCAGACACAAGUUAUUCAUCUGUUAAAUAUGAUAGAAGAGAUUAAGUCCAAUCAGGGCCAACAUUUCACUAAUGAGAUGUUUGAAAAGGGAGUGAUCUCCACUGAACAGAGAAUGGAAAUGCUAGAAGAGAAUAAAAGAAAAAAUCUGUUUCAAAUUGAAAAAUUUAAAGCCAAAUAUGACAUGGAAAUUAGAAACAUUGGAGAGAGACUGGAAGAGAAGAAACAAAGGAAAGAUGAGGAAAGUGAGAGACUGAAGAACAAGUUCAGAGAACAAGAGGAAACACUCAGGAGAGAGUUUGAGGAGAAAGAAAAAUCAGAUCAGGAGAAACUAGAGAUGAUGGAGGAUCAGAGACGAUCAGAAGAAGAGGAAAAAAAACAAAGAGCUGAAUAUGAUCAAAUAAUAGAGGAGAUGAAGAGAGAGAUGGAAAAUCAGAGAAUACAGUAUGAAAAACAGAUAAAAGAAAAAGAAGAAGAAGUUGGAAAGAGAGAAGAAGAAUAUAAACAAGAUCAAGAAAAUAUGAAAAAUGAUCAUGAAAACAUCAUGACAAUGUUAAGAAAAAAACAGGAAGAGGAAAUAAAAAAGAGAGAUUUCGAGGAACAAAUGAGGAAGGAACAAGAAGAGAAAGAGAGAGAGGAAUGGGAGAGAAAAAUAAAAGAGGCUGAAAGUGACAAAGAGGCUCAAGAGGAAAUUAAACAACAGCAGAGAGAAUGGGAGGAUGAGAAGAACAGACAGAUGAGAGAACGAGAGGAAGAGGAAAGAGAGACAAAAGAGAGACACAAGAAACAACUGAGAAAAAAGAAGGAGAACUGGAGAAGAUAAAGAAGAAAUUUGAAAACAACAGAGAAGAAGAAGAACAGAUGAUAGAGGAGGAGAGAGAGAAACUGAAGAGGGAGAAAGAACAGAGAGAAAGAGAAUAUAAAGAGAAUAUAAAUGAAAUGGAGAGACAUUAUAAGCAGCUGGAGCAAGAGAGAAAAGAGGAGUGGAGGAGAAGGAAACGAGAGGAUGAAGAGAGACGAGUGGAGAAGAGAAAGAGAUGGGAGAAAAUGAUAGAAGAUCUGAAACAAGAGCAUGAGGAGGAGAUCAAGAGAAGAGAAAGAGAGGAGAGAGAAAGAAUAGACAGAGAAGAAAGAGAGUGUGAUGAAAUGAAACAGAAAUAUGAAGAACAAAUAGAGAAGGUGAUGAAGAAACAUCAAGAUGAA